AUGCAGAAGCACGCAAGGGAACGCAGCUGCGCAGAUGCGAAGUUAGCGAUCCCCAUUCGUGUUCGUGUAAGCCAUGGUGCUGUGGCAGCAGCUUUCGGAUGCAUGUUGGUGCAAGGGGAGGUCGCGCCACCUGGAAAGCUGUAUGCCGAGCCUUUGGAAGACAAGGCCAGCGAGACGCAAUCAACAGAUGCAGUGUGCAACCUUCCGCGCAGCCAGGUUUCGGAGGAAGUUCACUGUGAUCUUGGUCACCGGGCCCCCGCCGACGUGGACACCCAUGAGUCAGGAGCUCCUAAAGAUAGCCAGGCCGGACAUCAUGAUGAAGGCAGCUCGCAAAUCCGCGGUUUCGACUGA